GAGGAGGAGGAGGAGGAGGAAGAAGGGGAGGUUUCUGCCUCCUCCAUCUCCAUAAAAUGGAGGCCCUCCCUCCCUGUCUCUUUCCCCGUUUCCCUCUCUUUUUCCUCAGCGAAUGAAAAGGAGCUGAAGGAGGCGCUGAGGGAGCUGACCAUGGAGCCCUCGCCGCCCGUCGUCUUCGUCCGACGGCACCCGGUCGGAGGCUACGAGAAGACGGCCCAGGCACACCGUGAGGGAACACUUCACAAGAUGCUUGAAGUGACUGGCCAAGCAGAGGGACCAUCUUAUGAUCUGAUAGUCAUUGGAGGGGGUUCUGGUGGGCUUGCAGCUUCCAAGGAAGCUGCCAAACUUGGCAAGAAGGUCAUGGUUCUGGAUUUUGUGGUCCCGACUCCCUUGGGGACAAAAUGGGGGCUUGGAGGAACUUGUGUGAAUGUAGGCUGCAUACCUAAAAAGCUAAUGCACCAGACAGCUUUGCUUGGACAAGCCAUAAGAGAUGCACCCAAGUUUGGUUGGAACUUGAAUGAGAAAGCCAUAAAGCACAGCUGGGAUACCAUGACGGAAGCGGUUCAGAAUUAUAUCGGCUCUCUGAAUUGGGGAUAUAGGGUAUCUCUCCGGGAGAAUAGUGUCACAUAUGAAAAUGCUUACGCAGAGUUUGUGGGGCCGCACAAAAUUAAGGCAACAAAUAAUAAAGGAGUAGUGAAAUUUUACAUAGCAGAAAGGUUUCUGAUUGCCACUGGAGAAAGGCCUCGUUACCUGGGCAUCCCUGGAGACAAAGAAUACUGCAUCACCAGUGAUGAUCUCUUCUCCCUUCCCUACUGCCCAGGGAAGACACUGGUGGUUGGAGCUUCCUAUGUGGCUCUUGAGUGUGCAGGAUUUCUUGCAGGUCUUGGCUUAGAUGUGACAGUCAUGGUGCGCUCCAUCCUCCUGAGGGGCUUUGAUCAGGAUAUGGCAAACAAAGUAGGGGAGUACAUGGAAGAACAUGGCAUCAAGUUCAUUAGAAAAUACGUGCCCAGCAAGAUUGAACAGAUCAAGCAAGGAACUCCUGGAUUACUAAGAGUCACAGCUCAUUCGACAGAAGACUCUGGGGUAUUUAAAGGGGAAUAUAACACGGUGUUGUUAGCUAUAGGAAGGGAUGCUUGCACGAGAAAAAUUGGCUUGGAGAAAGUUGGAGUGAAGAUCAAUGAAAAAACAGGAAAAAUCCCUGUCAAUGAUGAGGAACAAACUAAUGUGCCAUAUAUUUAUGCCAUUGGCGAUGUGUUGGAAGACAAACUAGAGCUCACACCAGUGGCAAUUCAAGCGGGUAGGCUGUUAGUACAGAGACUUUAUGGGGGAGGAAAGACAAAGUGUGAUUAUGUGAAUGUUCCCACCACAGUAUUCACACCUAUGGAAUAUGGUGCUUGUGGUUAUUCUGAAGAAAAAGCAAUAGAGAAAUUUGGAGAGAAAAAUAUUGAGGUUUACCACAGUUACUUCUGGCCAUUAGAAUGGACUGUCCCAUCCCGGGACAACAACAAAUGCUAUGCAAAGAUCAUCUGCUCUAUUCCAGAGAAGGAGCGUGUUAUUGGCUUCCACGUGCUUGCUCCAAAUGCUGGAGAAAUCACUCAAGGUUUUGCAGCAGCCAUAAAAUGCGGAAUGACAAAAAAAGUAUUAGACAGUACAAUAGGAAUCCAUCCAGUUUGUGCAGAGAUAUUCACCACGUUGUCUGUGACAAAGCGGUCAAGGGCAAAUAUCCUUCAGAGUGGAUGCUGAGGUUAAGCCCACCCGCUGUUGUUUGCCUUUUGCCAGAGACUAGCUUUCAUCACCACUGCUGGCUGGCUCCCAAAAGUCAGAGGAGAAACAGCUUAGGAAACAAGAAACAGCAAUAUCAUCUGUGGAUUUCCAUUCUGUUCAAUAUAAGUCCUCCCCAUCAGUAAAGUAAACAGAUUGUUGGGAACUGGAAAGCUAACAGGUGACAAUGGAAUGGCAACUGGCACGACAGUGGGACAAGCCCAUAUCAAGAUGAUGCUUGGCAAGGCAUUCUUCAAGAUGCUUCCAUGAAGUCACAGUCUAAAACCAGUACUUUCUGGUAGGCAGUGAUGGAAGGAUUGCUGGCACAGCUUGAGACUUCACUCUUUCUCCUCUCAGAAUGAAGAUGUUCUUCACACUUCAUUAUGUCUUCACUUUUUCAGUUUGUUGUUAUGGAACACCGACAAGACAUCCUUGAUGGGAAAAGCUACAUAUCAUCUUCAACCUUGUACCAAAUCAAACAACUAAGCUUGUGAAGGAGUGCUUGUGUUCUUUUAAGAUAGUUCUAAGAAACAACACUCUUUCAUAUAAUUUCCUUAUUUUACACAGAACAAUUUAACAGUGUGGCUUCCCAGACUACACAAAAAUCAAAGAACAAAUAUCCCAUGCUCACUUUUAAAACUGUGUCAUACAGCUGUGAUGUUAACUACAUUGAGUCAUUCCCCUAGUGAAAUGUCUUCCCCACCUUUGAUAUAUGUAACCCUGUGUGAAUUAUUUAUAUAACAGAUGCUAAAAUAUAUAUUGUUACAUAUAUAUUUUGAAAUAUUAUAUAAACAUUUAUCUGAAUACGGUCCAUCUUUGUAUAUAUUGUCUGUUGAAUAAAAACAGGUAAAACGUU